AUGGGCUUCAUGCGCUCCGUCGUGCUUUCGGCCCUGGCGCUUGCUGCGACCUGCCGGGGCGUGAUUGUCCCUGGGGCCGAGGCUGAACCCGCUUUGGAAAAGCGUGCUUCGUCUUAUUGGUAUGAGAAUAUAGCCAAACAAGGAGUUGCGCCGUUCGCACCUAGCGGUUACACCGUAUACCGCAAUGUCAAGGACUUUGGCGCAAAGGGUGAUGGUGUUACCGACGAUACGGCGGCAAUUAACAAUGCCAUCCUGUCAGGGGGUCGAUGUGGCCGACUCUGCAAGUCCAGCACUUUGACUCCGGCCAUCGUGUACUUCCCAGCGGGAACAUACCUGAUUUCGACUCCCAUCAUUGAUCAGUACUAUACCAACAUUAUUGGAGAUGCGACCAAUCUUCCCACCAUAAAAGCGACGGCCAACUUCAACGGUAUUGCUCUCAUUGAUGGUGAUACCUAUUAUGGCGACAACAAUCCCAAUGACCCCAACUGGAUUUCUACCAACGUCUUCUAUCGACAAGUGCGCAACUUUAAGCUUGAUAUGACAUCUAUGCCGGCUUCGGCGCCCAGGACGUAUGGUAUCCAUUGGCCGACAGCCCAGGCGACAAGCUUGCAGAACAUCCAGGUCACAAUGACUACUGCGUCUGGAAAUCAACAAGUGGGCCUCUUCGUCGAAAACGGUUCUGCUGGAUUUCUCACAGACUUGACUUUCAACGGUGGCCUGAUCGGUGCCGCUGUGGGUAAUCAACAGUUCACGAUGCGCAACUUGGUAUUCAACAACUGUGGGACAGCCAUUGUCAGUGGGUUUACCUGGGAGUGGGUUUACCAGGGCAUCAGCAUCAACAACUGUGGAUUGGGAAUUGACAUAUCGUCCGCCGAGUCUAUUACACUGAUUGACAGUUCCAUCACCGGGACGCCAGUCGGAAUCAGGACCAGCUACAGUGCGAACCAGUCGCCCCCCACAUCCAACAGCCUCAUCAUUGAGAACCUUUCUCUCAACAAUGUUCCAGUGGCCGUUCAAUCGACGGGCGGCGCUACUCUUCUGGCUGGCGGAACUACGACAAUCGCUGCAUGGGGCCAGGGCCACCAGUAUACUCCAAAUGGGCCGACGUCGUUCCAAGGCACUAUCGCAGCAAAUGCCCGUCCCUCGUCACUCUUGAGCGGGUCCAAAUAUUACACACGCUCAAAGCCUCAAUAUGAAACCCUGCCGGUUUCUUCGUUCAAGAGCGUCCGAUCUGCCGGUGCCACUGGUAACGCGGUGACGGACGACACCGUAGCUCUACAAAACGUCAUCAACAGUGCAACCGCUGCAGGCCAAAUUGUGUACUUCGAUGCUGGCAUUUACCGCAUUACUAGCACACUCAAGAUCCCUCCCGGUGCGAAGCUGGUCGGAGAGGAGUAUCCCAUCAUCUUGUCUUCUGGAAGUUUCUUCAAUGACCAGAACAAUCCCAAGCCUGUUGUCCAAGUGGGUACACCUGGCCAGACUGGGCAGGUGGAGUGGUCAGACAUGAUUGUUGCCACUCAAGGCACACAAGCUGGAGCUGUUCUUAUCGAGUGGAAUUUGGCUACUUCUGGAACUCCAAGUGGUAUGUGGGAUGUACAUACCAGAAUUGGUGGCUUCAAGGGGUCAAACCUCCAGCUUGCACAAUGUCCGGUCACUGCGGGCAGCUCGGCUGUCAACACAGCUUGUAUUGGCGCCUACAUGUCCAUGCACAUCACGUCUGGCGCAAGCAACCUGUACUUGGAAAAUAACUGGUUCUGGACGGCAGACCACGACAUUGAGGACUCAAGCAACUCACAAAUCACCGUCUUCAGCGGCAGAGGCUUGUAUGUGGAGAGCACUGCAGGAACGUUCUGGUUUGUCGGAACCGCUGUUGAGCACCAUGUUCUCUAUCAGUAUCAGUUUGCCAAUACCCAAAACAUCUAUGCAGGAGUUAUUCAGACAGAGACACCGUACUACCAACCAAAUCCCCUCGCACCAACCCCUUUCACCGUCAAUACUGCUAUAAAUGACCCCGACUUUGCAGCUUCCUGCGCCGGCAAAUCUGGUCGAUGCGCUGAGGCUUGGGGCCUGAGAGUCCUUAGCUCCAAGAAUGUUCUCAUCUAUGCUGCUGGCUUAUAUUCUUUCUUCGAAAACAACGACGGAAAAGGCUGUAACAACGGUGUAGAGCCGCAAAAUUGCCAAAAUAACAUCGUCGACCUCGAAGGCACGCUGACCAACGUUAACAUCUACAACUUGGGGACAGUUGGUGUCGUCAAUUCGAUUGUGGAGAAUGGAAAUGUGCUGGCAGCUUCUUCUGACAAUGUCAACGCCUUCGCUGAUGUUAUAGCUCUGUUCCGACUUGCUUCUGGCAGUGGAGGCACCACCCCCCCUCCUCCUAGCUCCACAACAAAGACAGGCCCGACAACAAUGUCAACCAUAACCACUAGCUCGUCACCGCCGAAGCAAACUGGAUGGAAUUUCCUGGGAUGCUACUCUGAUAAUGUUAACGGUCGAACUCUGGCCAACCAGGUCCAAGUCCCAGGAGGUGCAUCAGCCAUGUCGAUCGAGGCGUGUGAGACGGCUUGCAAAUCCGCUGGAUAUACUAUUGCAGGUCUCGAAUAUUCAGGAGAAUGCUGGUGCGAUAACAAGUUCGGAAACGGAGGCGGCCCUGCUUCUGACGGAAGCGCUCAAUGCACCAUGACCUGUAGCGGUGCGCCCCAGGAAACCUGUGGAGGCCCAAAUCGCCUUGACGUGUACGCAGUGGCGACCGCAACUGGAGCUCCACCUCCCGCGUCCACCGGAUGGGCCUUGAAAGGAUGCUAUACGGAUAGCGUCAACGCUCGAGCAUUGAUUGCUGAGGGUGUUCCCAACGGGCCAUCGUCCAUGACUGUUGAGGCAUGUCAAAGUGUCUGCAAAAGCUUAGGCUAUGUUCUUGCAGGCGUCGAAUUUGGCGACGAGUGCUACUGUGGUAACAGCCUCGCCAAUGGUGCUACCAUCGCUCCAGACGGAAACGCUGGGUGCAACAUGAAUUGUGCUGGCAACGCUGCUGAAACUUGUGGUGGCUCCAACAGACUGAACCUGUAUAGCUAUGGCUCUUGA